GCGAUUUUCGUUCUAUUCAUAAAGUUGGCCGCGUGGUUUUCUGAAACUCGGUGACGAAUAGUGCUGAAUUUUAUACCGGUAUCAGUAGUGUGUUGAAAAUCGAUAAUUAGUGAGUGAACCGGCUGAAUCCGCAUCGAAAUUUUCCUGGGCCCAGACAAAAUUUCGCCAAAAGUCACAGACCAACGUAUGAUGAGAUAAUUGUCGAUUAUGAAAAUUUAUUUAAAAUUUUUAUUAUAUAAUUUGUUCACACUGGUAUUAUCAAGAAAGAGGAAGAGGUUAAAGUGAACAGAGCCCAGAUUUUUCAACAAGUUUUCCAAAGUUCCUUAAUUAUUUAUUACACAAGUGAUACAUUAUUUAUUGUUGAUUAGAUUUAUAUGAAAUUGUUUGUUAUUUUGAAAGAAUAAGAGAUGGAGAGCGAUUCUUGAUUCGAAUCAUUUUACGGAUAUCGACCUAAAAUAAAUACGAACAGUUAUUAAAUACUGAUAAAUAUAAAGAAAUAAAAAUGACAAGCAACUCGAAAAACGGCAAGGACUUUCACAAAACUAAAUACACUGUCGUUACUAUAGAUGAUAAUAUUGAUGGCGCAAAAAAGAAACCAGUAUGGUUCGGAACGAGACACUUCGUGACAUUCAUGCUAUUUUUGGGCAUGGCCAAUGCUUAUAUUAUGCGGACAAAUAUGUCAGUAGCCAUAGUGGCUAUGGUCAACCAUACAGCAAUCAGCAAGUUAUCAGAAGGACACAAUGAUUCGGAGAGUGUAGAUACCGAAUGUGGACACUUCAUUAUUAAUGGGACGUCUGCUCAUAAAGAAGCUGAUGGUGAGUUCGUAUGGGAAACUGAUAUACAAGGUUAUGUGCUCAGCUCCUUCUUCUAUGGAUACGUCAUUACGCAGAUACCCUUCGGAAUCUUGUCGAAGAGGUACGGCAACAUCUACUUCCUUGGAAUUGGAAUGCUGAUAAAUUCCCUGUUUGGACUCCUGGUUCCCGUUGCUGCCAAAUUUGGUAUUUGGUGGUUAAUCGCAGUGAGAUUUAUUCAAGGACUGGGUGAGGGACCAAUAGUACCAUGCACUCAUGCUCUGCUGGCCAAAUGGAUCCCCCCAAAUGAGAGAAGCAGAAUGGGCGCUUUCGUGUACGCAGGUGCCCAAUUUGGAACUGUCAUCUCUAUGCCUUUGAGUGGUCUACUAUCUGUUUCUGAAUGGGGAUGGCCUUCAGUAUUUUACGUAUUCGGAGCAUUAGGCACUAUAUGGUGUAUCUUCUUUUUGAUUUUUGUCUAUGAAGAUCCAUUCUCAAGCCCACGAAUAAACGACGACGAAAGAAAGUACAUACAAAAAACACUUGGAGUCAUUGAUGGCGCAGCUACUCCAAGAAUACCGUGGAGGUCCAUUGCGAAGUCCUUGCCAUUUUGGGCUAUUCUCUUAGCCCACAUGGGUCAUAACUUUGGUUAUGAAACACUCAUGACAGAAUUGCCUACUUACAUGAAGCAAAUUCUUCGAUUCAGUAUUAAAGAUAAUGGAUUCUUAUCCUCGAUGCCUUAUCUUGCGAUGUGGCUGUUCUCCAUAUUUAUAAGUCAUGUCGCUGAUUGGAUGCUUUCAAAGCCAUACUUCACCCAUACUGUAGUGAGAAAAUUGAUCAAUGCUAUUGGACAAUUUGGUCCAGCUAUAGCACUUAUCGGAGCAUCUUUCACUGGUUGCAACAAGUGGCUAACAGUAGCCAUUUUGACUGUAGGUGUAGGUUUGAAUGGCGGAAUAUAUUCUGGUUUCAAAGUAAACCAUCUGGAUAUUUCUCCACAAUUUGCCGGAAUUCUCAUGGCCCUCACCAAUUGUUUAGCAAAUUUGGCUGGUUUGUUGGCUCCUAUUUAUGCUGGACGCGUGGUCAAAGGGACGCCGAGCCAAGCCAAAUGGAGGAUUGUAUUCCUUACUGCAGCCAUUGUGUAUAUGGGUUGCUGUUCAUUUUACGUCAUGUUUGGUUCUGGUGAAAGACAAACAUGGGACCAAGAUCGAAACCAACAGCAAAAUCUAAACGAGAAGAAAAAACGGGAAACUAAAGAAAACAAAACGGAGACAACGAGUGCCUAACUUAGACACUAAUAUUGUGAUUUUUUCAGAACAUUUGUGAAACUGUAGAAAUAAGCAGCUUAACAAGGAAGUUGAAAAUAGAUAUUGAAUAAAUAGUUGUUCAAUUGAUGUGGAUUGGAAUAAUAACAUUGUAAUUAAUAUUUAUGCGGAAAAAUUUGAGUUUUUUUAACUUGAUUCUUAGGAAGCAAAGGAGAAGUUUGGAAGAAAAAUAUUUAAUUUCUUUGGCUCAAUUUUUUAAGAUUUCUAUUUUUAACAUCCUUGUGCAGAAUCAAUGAUAAAAUAUUUUUUUAACUGUAGUAUUUAGAUUAGGUAGAAUCUCCGUACAAUGUGUGAAUAGUGUAGAACACAUAAAGAGAAAUGUUGUUACCUACAUAAGAAGAACGUUUAUAUUCCAUAUAUCUGAUUUUUUAUGA